AAAUAAUAACAGCUGAUUCUUGUUACGUUAUUUUGUUGACAACACACUUAGUGCAAUUAUAUUUUAUGGAAAUUAAGCCAAUGUCGCAAUGAAUAAUCUCCUGCGACAGGGACAUCGACUGGGCUGCUGCCUGCCGGCUGUCCAACAGCAAAUCCACACCACCGCUGUGCACAGGACUUUCUGGGAGCGGGAAAAGAAAUCCGGCUAUAAGACCAAAUUGCCGGAACCGUCUAAAAAGCAGCUUAUCAUAGACGGAUUGAAGGAACUGAAGGAGGAGAUGAAGCUGUGGCGUCAGGAGGUUAAAGAACAACUCGAAAGUGACCCGAUCCUGGUCUUUCGGCCUGGCGAAACAGAUGUGGUGUUCGAUUUCAAGGCGCCUGAUGUGUUGGACAAGUGGACGGUGACCACCGAUGCGGAUCAUGGGGAGGGAAAAAGUACUGCCACUCUAGAGUUAAGUGCAGCCGGAGCGGGACUCUUCCAUGGAGAAGUUAACUCAGAUCACACCAAGGAUGGGAUCAUUAAGAGAACAGGAUAUGCUAAUAUACGCACAAAGCGAGUGCGGAAAUCGUUUAAACGAGAGUCCACCUACGAUUGGACACAAUACAACAUGCUGAUCAUGAAGGUGCGAGGUGAUGGACGCAGCUACCUGAUUAAUCUGCACACCGAGGGGUAUUUCGAUCUGAUGUGGAACGAUAUUUAUCACUAUGUUUUAUAUACCCGUGGAGGUCCCCAUUGGCAGAUAGCGAAGAUUCCCUUCUCCAAGUUCUUUCUGUCUUCGAAAGGACGUGUUCAGGAUCGUCAAGGAGCCAUACCUCUGAACAAGAUCACCCACUUUGGAUUCUCAGUGGCAGCCAAGAAGGGAAUGGAUGGUCCGUUUGGCCUUGAAAUUGACUAUGUAGGUCUGGAGUACGAUCCCAGUCAUCGCGAAGAAUUCGCCUACGAAAUGUACCAGACACCGAAAUACAUUGUGGCCACGUAACGUUAUGUGACGUUACAGCAAUGUUAUUUAAUUGUAAAAAAAGUUUGAAAAACAGUAAAAAUGGCUUUAAAAAAAUUUAA